UGAGACUGUGACUAACUAUAAGUAACAACCCAGGUAUUUAAAGUUCACUUCUGAGGGGCGGGCACAGGAAAGGAUCCUAAAAUAGAAGUUCAUUGUAGCCCCGUAGACACGGGCGAGGAGGGAAGGAGGCAAGGAGGCAGGAAUAACGAGUCCGCGCGUGCGAUCCAGCGCUGACAGCCGUCGAUGAGGAAGUGUAAAUGAACCUGCUGUGUGUGUGCGUGUGCGUGCGUGUGUGUGUGAGUGGAGGGUGGAAAGCGUCUCAUCGCGGCUCCUGGAAAGAGCGUCGCUCCACGAAUCGCGCGGUCUGGAGACCACAUCGUAGACUACUGGGAAUUACCGGGAUGUCACGGGAGAUAAUAUCAGUCCUCGUGCGCCUUACCGGCGCUUCACCAGAGAGAAACGAGGAGGAUAGGGAGGAGGAGGAGGGGUAGACAGCCCCGGCAGACAGGUGCGACUCCGCAGCCCGUUUCAUUUUUCUGCGCGGUCCUGUAAAGUAGUGGCGCCAUGGAUACCCGCAAGGAAAACAAGGUAAGGAGAGCCAUGAAACCCAAAACGACGAAGCGCAAGGAGAAGAAACACAAAACCAGGAGGUUCGGCAGAAAGAAAUCGCUGGGAUCUUUUGGAAAUUUCAUGGGGAGGAUCCUUAAAACUUUGGGUACUCUGGCGCACUUUGGCGACGCGGAGCCGCCGAACGCGGAGGACGACGACGGCGGCUUCAGGACGGGCAGGUCAGGGGGGUUCAAAGACGACGGCGCGCCGGUCGCCCGGGACGGAACCGCGAAGAAGAGCUCCGUGGCGUCCUCCUCGCAGGGCUCGGUGAAAGGCAGGCUGUCGUGGUGCCACGGGGACAAGACCCCCGGGGUGCUGGGGCUGAAGAACCACGGCAACACCUGCUUCAUGAACGCCGUGGUCCAGUGCCUCAGCAACACGGACCUGCUGGCCGAGUACCUCGGGUUGGAGCAGUACAAGUCCGAGGGGUGCCACGGGAGGGUGAACGGGGAGGCGAGAGGCGAGGAGCCCGCCAGGGGAGAGGUGACCGAGCAGCUGGCGUCGCUGGUUCGAGGUCUGUGGACCCUGGAGUACACCCCGCAGCUGUCCGUGGAGUUCAAGAGCAUGGUGGCCAAGUACGGCUCUCAGUUUCGGGGUAACUCUCAGCACGACGCCCUGGAGUUCCUCCUCUGGCUCCUGGACAGAGUUCACGAAGAUGCCAAUCCCAGCCCUAACAACAACAACAACACUAACAGCAGCAGCAAGACCAAAGCCACCGCCAAGGGACCCGGCUCGUUGGAGGACUCUUCCAGCCCCAGUUCAGCCGGCUCGCAGCAGCCUCGAGAUCGACACAGCUUUGUCCACGAACACUUCCAGGCUCAGUACAGGUCUUCUCUGACGUGCCCUCAUUGCCUUAAGCAGAGCAACACCUUCGACCCCUUUUCAUGCAUCUCUCUGCCUAUCCCCCUACGACAAACCAGGCCAAUGUGUGUGACGCUGGUCUUCAGUACGAAGGGUCAGAGGUACCUGCGGGUGGGGCUAGCUGUACCCCUCUUGGGUUCCCUGUCCUGCCUGAGAGCCAUGGUGGCAGAGGAGGGCAACAUCUCCCCGGACCAGGUCAUCCUUUCAGAGUUGUACUCCACGGGUUUCCAGCGUUCCUUUUCCGAUGAUGACGACCUGACAGCAAUCGCUGAUAGCGACGUCAUCUACGCCUUUCAGGCUCCUCCCCUCUAUGGUCGUGGAGGCUCCGCACCUCACUCAGGGUAUCACCACAGCCUCCCCUCCUCCACGGCUGGACCCGACAGGCAGAGGUUACCGCCGUCGAGCACGCUCUCCUCUGAAUACCUAAACCAGGGCGGCCCCACCAAGGUCCUCCUCGUCAUCUGCAACACAGCAGGAUCUGGCCAGCAGGGCGUCAGGUUUGGACCUCCAUUCCUCAUGCACGAGGACAGGAGCGUCUCCUGGGACCAGCUGCAGCAGAGCAUCCUCAGCAAGCUCUAUUAUCUGAUGCUGAAUGGAUCCCAGGCUCAGAAGGCUGGUGGGCUGUUUAAGAUCAGAGUGGUGGGAGGAUCGGACGCCGACAGCUACCUGUCCCCACUAGACAGCAGGCCGCUGUACCACCCGGCGGUUGACAGAGCUCUGAAGUUCUGCGGCCCCGGGGGACCUCCUCACGUGAAGGUUGUCAUUGAGUGGGAGAACACGGCCAAAGAAUGUCUCUUUGGCAGCAUCCAGGAGGAGGUGAUCAAGGACGCGGAGAGCGUGAGGAGCCAGCAGCAGCAGCAUCUGCAGCAGCACAGCUGCACGCUGGACCAGUGCGUUCAGCUGUAUACCAAAGAAGAGCAGCUCGCCCCGGACGACGCCUGGAAGUGUCCGCACUGUAAGCAGCUUCAGCAGGGCAUGGUGAAGAUGAGCCUGUGGACUCUCCCCGACAUACUCAUCCUCCACCUCAAGCGCUUCCGACAGGUAGGCGACCGAAGGAACAAGCUGUCGACCCUGGUGCGCUUCCCCCUGACUGGUUUGGACAUGGCCCCCCAUGUGGUGAAGAGGAGUCAGAGCAUGAGGAACCUGAACCUAGGGGCCUGGCCACCGCCCUGGAAGCAGCCGUCUGGCCAGUGUCACCAACCUGCCGACAUGAUCCUCCCAUACGACUAUCUGUUCGACCUCUACGCUGUGUGCAACCACCACGGGGGAAUGCACGGAGGACAUUAUACUGCUUACUGUAGGAACUCGGUGGACGCACAGUGGUACAACUACGACGACAGCAGCGUGGACCCGGUGCCAGAGGAGGAAGUGUGCACCAGAGGAGCCUACAUCCUUUUCUACCAGAGGUGCAACACCAUUCCUCCAUGGUCGGCCAGUUGCUCCGUCAGAGGGUCCACCAGUUCAUCGAUGUCAGACCACUGGCUAAUCCGGCUGACAGGGGAUAGCAAGAGAGGCAGCAUGGUCUCUCGAUCCUCCACCACCUGCCCGUCUUCCUUACCUGACUUGCCUGAGUCUCCGGUCUUCCUUGAAAAUGGCUCCAAAGAGGAAAGAGGGGGUUUCGAGAGCAGGCCCUUAAUCAGGGGUCUUCAGGGACGCAGCGUGAGCAUGAGAGCCCCCAGCAAGACCAAGAACACCCUGAGCAAAGUGUUCCCCCUGAGCUGGUCCUUUGGUUCAAAAGACAGACGUAAACCGGACCCAGUGCCUCCCUCAGUCCAAGAUUCUGCCCCUGCGGAGCUGGUGCAGUACUUGGAAUCGGGCCGGCGGCCCCGGUGCACAAAGGAUCCAAUAGUGACAGUGAUGAGCGAAUCGCGCAGGAUAAAGGACACUGCCGAGGGCCGGGCUUCAGCCAAUGUCCGAUCUGCGAGCGCUGGGAGCUUAAGUUGCAUCAGUAGGGCGGUGGAUGAGCUGCCUCCUGACUCUACGCUGGUCCGGGAGGGCCAGAGGAGAGCAUCAGAUAAGACAGCCAGCUUGAGACGCAGGAAGGGGAUCCAGGCAAGAGAUGAGAUGAGCAGCAGCUCGGGUAGCAACACCCUGACCAGCAAGAAGGAUGCCAGGAGACAAAGCUCCUCCAAAGCCUCCCAGGAAACUACUGAGACAAAAAUAAGUUCCAGUGUUGGAGUUCAGCCCAGCAACAGCUCUCCUAGCCUUCAGGAUGGGACCUUGAGAAGACCAAAAGGGGAGAGAGAUGAUCAGGAACACCGCGGUGCAAAUGAAGGAAACUCGAAGACCAAGAAAGGGGAAGUGCCCAAGAACCACGAGGGACUGCGCUCCUUUUUGAAAGGUAACUUCCUGAAGAAGGAAAAGGACUCAAGGAAGUCCAGGGAGGGAGAGUCAGGGAGAGGAGGAGGUGAGGAAGGAGACAGAAGGACCCGAGCGAGGCUGCCGUUGUCCAACGGAGCCGCGGGAGAAGGAACCAGGGUGGAAAGAGGCAAGUCUAGCGGCCCGGGCCAUCUGCGAGAUGAGCUGGCGAACAGGCCGACGGGACGAAGCUCGGCGAACAUCAAGCGCUCCCAGAGCUCCUCCAACAUCCCCACCAAAGCGGAGCAGAGCAUGCGCAGGACCGCGUCGUUGCAUCGCAACGGGAUGACCGCGGCGCCACCAGCCCCGGCACCGCCGCGCAGCCUGACGACGGACAAACCGUCCUCCGGCACCCUGCAGAGGGCCCGUUACAGCACGACCUCGCUGGGACGCAAAAGGACAGUUCCCGAGUCCAGCUUCUGACGCGGGGGCGCUCGACGCCACUCACAAAGCCUUUUCUGAUCUGUUGUAGUCGAUGGCGUUCGAUCCCUGGGAUCAAAGCAAUAGAGCUCAAUUCCGAGUGGCGGGCCUUUUUUUAUGUCUCCAGAAAAGGACGAGGGUCAAAGUGGCCUGCACUAUGGAGUUGAGAGACACGUAGCAAAUGAAGGAGGGAUAUAAUCAGCAGAAUGAAACGAUGCGACCUGUCCAUCAAACUUAUUCGGUUUAUUUUAUGACUUAAAAACAAGUGCCUGAGCAACUAAUAUGCAGUUUAGACCAAUGAGUUUGUCUGUUUAGCACUGCAAGUACGAUAUUACGCAAACACACACACACACACACAAGCACAUUAUCUGCAUUUGUGUCUUAUUAGUGCAGCUGGAAAUCAUCACUCCAUAUUAAACUCAUGUUGUCUGCUUAACAGCUGCUUAACACUGAUUGUGUUCAAAUAUAAUAACGUAACGCGUCCACUUGAUGAGGUGAGUCACUUUGAGGGCGCAGUUCCAAAUUUACAUGAAUUAUUCAUAUUUAAUGUUGGUUUGGAGCGCAGGUUGUCUUUGAACACAUCCCGGUGUGCUGGUGAAGGAUCGACUCGCCCCCUCCCCGUGUGACAAGUGAAAUAAAUUUAAUAUAAAUGAAUAAUGGUGGACAGUUUAUUGUUUUUCCAUUUGGCAUUGACCGUGAGUCUCAGUUCUCAUGGAAACAAAAUUAGGUCCGUACAUUCGUGUUCUGAUGAAAACAAAUAUUCUGUUAUUAAAGACAAAACUGCUUUAUGUGAUUGAAUUUAAUUCUGACGCAGUAGAUGCACAAUGUAUUUGGUAUUUUUCUUUGUGACGGGUUUUCAUUUUGACACUUUAAAUCUUCCAUAUCAAUAAGUGACAACUGGAAUUUAUUUUGUACAUCCAGAAUAGUAUAAUGAUAAAUUAUGGGGUCACUUGUAAGCAUGUUUGGUAACACUUUAUUUGAAGAGAGUAUUUAUGAAUGUUUGACUGUCAUUUGGUCAAUUACGAUAUUUUUUAUGAAAGUUGUCAUUGCAUGAACUGUCUUGACAACGUGACAUUAACAAUAUAACACACACACUAUAUCAUCAUCAUAUAAUAUUCAUGUGUUAACAUUAGGCCAGAAUGACAUUAUUGGAUGGCAUAGCUACAUGUGUAACUGAGCUAACGGCGGCUACAGUUUUAAGUGGUUACUUUAGUUGAGGUCAAGGAAAAUAUAACACAAUUAUAAUGGUCUAAUAACAACCAUUAUACAAACCGACAACAUAUGGAAGUUAAACGUCAAUUACGACAGUCAUAAAUAUUCAUAAAGACUCAAAGUGUUCCCACAUAUUUUAUUCAAUGUAAUCAGUUAGAUUUUUGGUUUAUGUUACCUUCGACUUUUGUAUCCCCCUUAUCAAUGUGCUUCACUUUUAAAUGGUAAGUUGUUCAUGUGUGUGCAAUUACACUUGUGGCUCUUGAGCAGCUGUAGCCGGAGCCACUGGGAGUGCUUCAAAUAGAACUGGUGAGAGAAAGCAGUUGAUUUUUCAUUUUCCUGGCCCUGAUGUCUCCAGGGAUUCAUUCAAAUGUGUGACUUCCUGGUCACACGUCUGCUUCCAAAUUCUGCCGAUAACAUUCAAUGUUGUAUGUGCACAGAAAUGUCCCAUGAUGCCUUCUCAGGCUCUCCACGUGUUAAACCCCCUCAUUGAUAUUUGCACAGUGCUGCAUAAAAAGAGAAAAGCACUCGAUGCUGCCGAAGCACCCAAACACAGAAACAGCCUUUUUUUAUGUGUGUAACGAGAAUUUGUCUUUAACCCUUGUGUUGCCUUUGGGUCAUUUUGACCCGAUUCAAUAUUUAACCCUCCUGUCGCCUUCGGGUCAAUUUGACCCGAUUCAAUGUUUAAUGUCGGUGUUCUUUCGGGAGUCAACAAACAAACAUAAAGUACCUCACACUUAAACUUGGAAAAUAAUAUUAAUUCUAAUAAUUUUCUGGAGAUUUUAAUAGCUGGGGUCAUAUUGACCUCAAGGGUAAAAUAUGUUAGUAAAUAUAAAGGUAACAGGAGGGUUAAACAUUGAAUCGGGUCAUAUUGACCCGAAGGCGACAGGAGGGUGAAACAUUGAAUCGGGUCAAAUUGACCCGAAGGCAACACAAGGGUUAAACCUUGAAAACCAACACUAUUUAUCAAGCUUCAAUAAUUCCUAAUGUUCUUCCAAAUGAAUAUGAAUACUGGAUUCAUGCUCAUCUGUGCAAUCUUUAUUUUAUUGGUUAUUGGAGCGUUACAUCAAUGUGUUGGACCGGAACGAGCUCUGUAGUUUGCUACUAUACGUAGAGAGGGAAGCAGACGUUCACUGACCUGCACUCCUGAAUGCUUAAAAUGAGCAUCGACAUCAAGUAAUGACAUUUAAAUAUCAGCCUGUUCCUUUUUUAUUCUGCUUCAUAUCAACUUGAGAAAUCUCCACUCCACUCGUCUGAAUAUGAAAUGUGUGAGAUCUAUUGUCAAGAUUGAGAAACUCUGCUAACAAAACCUUUAGAAUUGGACUUUCAUUUGUAGCAACGGCUGUAUUUUCUUUACAGCCUGUCAGGAUUUCCCUUUGCCUCGAGCUUCAUUAUCAGCACCCACGAUGUAGAAUAAUCUAAAUCAUAACUGUGCCCAUUUUCAUAAUUCAUAGAUGGUAAUCCUAAGGUUAAAGACAGUCAAGAAAAACAACAGUUUACAUGAUCAACUCCUAAAUCCCAAAACUAGAGCACUAUGUUUAUAGAAGGCGAAUCGGAGUAGAACGGACAUUCCCAUUUAAAUCAAGUAGGGUGUUCAGAGCGGCGGCCAUCUUUACAUUUACCGAUUCUAUUGCAAACUUUAGUGGGUUCAUUUCCAUAUAAACCGGCUUACGUCAAGUAGCAAACUCAGUAGGUGAGGUUUUGCAGUCACGACUAAAACAAGCAGUGGACUACUAACGUUAGCUAGCUAGCUAGCGGAUAGUUGGCUAGUUUUCUACAAAUGUUCACUCUUCUGUUCACAUUUUUUAGGUGAGGUGAGCGCAUUCCACAGAAAUGAGUCCGUAAAUCCUUUUUUAACUAGCGAUAUACACGAAAUUGCUUAACGACCACCAGUAAGAGUGUUGGCAGCUUGGUGUUGAGAGUUCUGGCAAUUAUUUGUUGAGUACCAGCUGGCGGUUGCUCAGUAACUUUAUCCCUUGCACGUUUAUUUUUUACCAACACUUUCGGUAAGAUGUACGUUUCUUUAAGGCUGUCUCAAGUAAGCAAUAAGAGUUAAAUGUCUUCUUCAUUUAAGUUGAUCCUUAGAAGUGCUGUUGUUAAAACGUGUUCUUUGAGCUGGCGGUCGGUCAACACAAAAUCCAAAACUUAGUUUUCACUUUAAAUUGUCAAAUGGGAUUGACUGCAGCUGCUAUUUCGAUAUCCUCCUCUGUGGUUAUAUUAAACUGUAUAAUUGUAUUCGCA